UACAACUGUUGCAUCCUUCUACCCAUCCCUGGGAACCUUUAUAAAGUCAACCAGCAUAUCUUUCCAUCCAGUCUCAGCUCUUUGCCUGACCUGUCUACCAUGAGGAUCCACUAUCUUCUCUUUGUGCUUCUCUUCUUGGUCUUCAUGCCUCUUCCAGGUAGUGGAGGGGUUAUAGACACACUGAAAAGGUAUUACUGCAAAGCAAGAGGCGGCCGAUGCGCGUUAGUGUCCUGUCUUCCAAGGGAGGAACUUAUAGGCAGCUGUUCAAUGAAGGGCCGAAAAUGUUGCCGAAGAAGGAAAUAAAGAGCCCACAGACAUGAUGGGGAUAUGUGUGAGAUGAGAAAACGCCUCCUUGAAGUUUCUACAUGUGAAAGCUAAUUAAAUAUUUUUUCAGAAAAAAAUAAUAACUAGAAACUUG